AUAAUUUCAAAAUAUCCCUUUUUUUGUAAUCUUUUUGUCCUUAGGACUUUAUCUACCAGUGAUGAUGUUGAGGACCGAGAGACUGAGAAAGGACGCCUGGAAGAAGCUUAUGAGACAUGUGACCGGGAUUUGGAUGAACUCAUUGUCCAGCACUACACCGAGCUCACCACUGCGAUCCGCACUUACCAGAGCAUCACAGAGCGCAUCACCAACUCGCGCAACAAGAUCAAACAGGUGAAGGAGAAUCUGCUGUCGUGCAAGAUGCUGCUGCACUGCAAGCGGGAUGAGUUGCGCAAGCUGUGGAUUGAAGGGAUUGAGCACAAACAUGUCCUGAAUUUGCUGGAUGAGAUUGAGAACAUCAAGCAGGUGCCUCAGAAGCUGGAACAGUGCAUGGCCAGCAAGCACUACCUCAAUGCAACAGACAUGCUGGUGUCAGCAGUGGACUCCUUGGAGGGUCCCCUUCUUCAGGUGGAGGGAUUGAGUGAUCUGAGACUGGAGCUCCACAGUAAGAAGAUGAACAUGCACUUAGUCCUUAUAGAUGAAUUACACCGUCAUCUUUACAUCAAAUCGACUAAUAGAGUAGGACAACGCAACAAGGAGAAAGGGAGAAUAAGUUCACUUGUGAAAGAUGCCACUUCUGUACCUCUCAUGGAUGUUACUAACUUGUCUACACCUCGAAAGUUCCUUGAAACUUCCCAGUUCAAUACUCCUGGAAGCUCCAACAUGAGAGAAACAAGCCUUCUGGAAAUUAAAGAAGACACAGAACUGGAUCCAGAGGAGAACAGCACGGUCUUCAUGGGCAUACUCAUCAAAGGGCUGGCCAAGCUGAAAAAAAUCCCUGAAACAGUGAAAGCCAUCCAGGAUCGCUUAGAACAAGAACUCAAGCAGAUUGUUAAGCGAUCCACAACCCAGGUGGCAGACAAUGGUUACCAGAGAGGGGAGAAUCUUUCCCAGGAAAAUCAGCCUAGGUAA